GCCUGCGGGCGUGCAUCAUGCACGUUAAUGGGCAGCAGCCUCGAUAGUAGCCAAAGCAUCCACAGCAGCAACAAUACACCCACAGGCGUCAGGCACCACACCCAUCUUUUCUGCUCGCAACGAGAGAGUCUUCACCCCGUUGACUACGGGCAAGCAAUGUCCCUGCUGAUGUGAUUGGUGGCGGCUUCGGCGGCGGCUGGAUGCCGCUCUCGCUUCUGUGUGACAUUCCCAGUCGUCCAUGUCCUCGGAGCUAGAACCCUCUAUCUAGCACCACGACAACACCAUCUCACACCAUACAUCGUGACCUCUUACCGUCAACCGCCGUCUAAAGGCCUCUACCGGCAUCUCCGCUCCAUCCACGGAGCACCUGACUGAGAUGGCUUCGAAGAAGGACAUGCGUCGGGCGGACCUCAUCGUCCCCUAUGCCGAGCCGGCGAAGGAGAAGUCGGACGGCGAUAUAGCGAGUACCAUGGCCAGCACACUGCCAAUGGCUGCUAUCUUUACUCGGAACAAGAUGGUUGGAUGGACUUCUGUAGUUUUCGCUAUGCAAUCGUGGCUCGCUGAGACCCCAGAGCAAAAGCGGACCUCGUCAACGCCGGCAUAUUUCUCCGUCGGCAUGGCCUUCAUGUCGCUCAUUGUUGGAUACAUGCCUCUCUUCCUUCCGCCUCCUCAAGUGCGCACUGGAGCGGGAUCCGGUACUGAGGCCCCCCCUGCUGCACCCCCGUCAUGAUCUUUGCAACUGCGGGCAAGGGAUGCCAGCGCGGUGUGGAGGGGCGUUUGAAUUGGUUCUUGUAAGAUAAUAGUAAAACGGUCGGCAACUGUAAUUGUACUUUCGAAUUCGGACCGCGAGCUGCAGGGCGGGUUUGUCAAACGAGAGAGCGUUCAUGCGUCCAUGCAGAAUGCAGAUGCAGAUCAAAGGCUCUGCCGUCCGGCGGAUUUGCACGACAAACACAUCACAUGCAUGGAAGCAUGGCGUUUUGUGAGAUGAAAAAGCAUGCUAGAAUGUGAUACCAGCCGAGGCGGAGGUCACGCUUUGAUGUGUGAGUGAUUUAACAGACAGAGACUCUUUCAGGCGAAACUAUCACUGUCGACCGGAUGGUGCUAGGCAUCCGGUGUGCACGGUGAAAAUGCCCAUUCUUCAAAUUUAGAAGAGUGAAUGCCUGACAUACGUGACUCUGGGGUCCGGCCUGCGAGCAC